AUGAGUGCUACAGCGCAGCAAAAGUCCCUCGUCAGGGAGAGUUUAUUUCAUUUUAUCACUAAACAUGCCCCGCAUGCCGACCUAAAUGUAAUUGACGAUGUAAUUCUGGUGUAUGUGAUUUCAAUCUUACAAGAGGCUUCAAAGGACCCCUGCUUCGAUGUUGAAGGGUUCAUUGAAAUGAUGGCAGCUUAUGUUCCGGAGUUCGCUACCAUCGACGCAGGUAUGGUGUGCGCAUGGGUCCUUGAUUUAGAAGCGGAGUUACGUGUCAGCAGCGACGAAACGAAGUCGCUUUCCAGUAAUGAUGAUUCUGUUGACGACAAGAUCAGCCUAACUCUUCAGAGUUUGAGCGAGAUGCUGCCCGCAGCCAAUACUACCAAGAAUAAUAGAUCUCACUCGAACUCGGAGAGUUCGGAGAGCGCUGAGGGAACCCGCCGCCCUCUGCUCAGCGAAAGUGACGAGCACGCUGAUCUGUGUCGCUUGCUGCAUGAGAUGUUCCCCAACUCUUGUGUUAUGGAGAUCAAGCACUGCGUGUCCAUCGCCCACGGAGACGUGGAGCGCGCGGCCGCGACGCUCCUCCACCGCCGCGAGCAGGGCCAGUCGCUGUCUCCCGCCGCCCUGCACAACGCCAUCCGCACUCCGCUCAUCGACGACAACGAGCUCAAGACCAGGAUCAUUGAGCGUUACUCAUACGUGGAUAAGAAUGCAGAAACCAAAGAACACAAGCCGCUCGCCCCGAAGAUCGAGCCGAAGAAGAUGGUUCGUUACCGGGACAAUAAGAUUGUGUCCCUCAAGGGCGAGAGGUACACUGAGGUACCGAAAUCCGGUAUCGACGAGGAACACUUGAAGAAGCCGAAGAAGCAGCAUUGCCCUUAA